GACUGUCCCUUUAAGAGACAACUCAGCCAGUGCAUGCUGCUUUUAUUACUUAUCGGUGCACCCUCCGCUCCAUCUCCACCCUGAGGACCGGACGCCUGCAAACGUCUACAAGUCUGAGUAGCAUGGGCUUUCUCUGUGGUCAGCUGAUGGAUCCAGUGUGACCUCUUCCACUCCUGCUGCUGGCCUUUCGUAAACUAUCACCAUGGCAACUUGCCCAAGGGGCUGUGCGCCGGCUGUGCGCCUGUGUCAGAAGCUAAACCGACUUAAGACUCUGGAUGGUGACAUGAUGGCCACGUCUCUGAAGCGCUGUCUGUCCACCUUGGACCUGACUCUGAUGGGCGUGGGCGGCAUGGUGGGCUCUGGGCUCUAUGUCUUGACAGGAACGGUGGCCAAAGACACGGCAGGGCCAGCUGUCAUCAUUUCAUUCAUUUUUGCAGGAAUUGCUUCAUUGCUGGCUGCCUUUUGUUAUGCCGAAUUUGGAGCGAGCAUUCCCAAAACGGGAUCUGCCUACAUGUUUACCUAUGUCAGUGUGGGGGAGCUCUGGGCCUUUCUCAUUGGAUGGAAUGUGAUUCUUGAAAACAUGAUUGGCGGUGCUGCUGUGGCUCGUGCGUGGAGCGGUUAUCUGGACUCCAUUUUUAACCAUGCUAUCCAGAACUUCACGGAAACGCACAUCAUGCAGUGGCACGUCCCCUUCCUUGCCCAUUACCCUGACUUACUUGCUGCAGGAAUUUUAGUAGUUGCCUCAGUCUUUAUUUCCUUUGGAGUUCAAGUGUCCUCAUACCUAAACCACAUCUUCUCGUCUAUUAGUAUGGGUGUCAUCGUUUUCAUCUUAGUUUUUGGAUUUGUGCUUGCUGAGCCAGCUAACUGGAGCCAGGAGCAAGGAGGUUUUGCACCAUUUGGGCUUUCUGGAAUCCUGGCAGGGUCAGCCACUUGCUUUUAUGCCUUUGUGGGGUUUGACGUGAUUGCUUCCUCUAGCGAAGAGGCAAAGAAUCCACAGAAGGCAGUUCCUAUUGCCACUGCUAUCUCCCUUGGACUGGCAGCAACAGCCUACAUCCUUGUCUCCACAGUCCUCACGCUCAUGGUACCCUGGCGUACCCUUGACCCCAACUCUGCCCUGGCAGAUGCAUUUUUCCGUCGUGGCUACAGCUGGGCUGGCAUCAUUGUGGCUGUUGGCUCCAUUUGUGCAAUGAACACUGUGCUGCUUUGUAAUCUCUUCUCCCUCCCUCGGAUUGUUUACGCCAUGGCAGAAGAUGGGUUGUUCUUUUCCAUUUUUGCAAGAGUAAAUCCUCUCACCAAAGUUCCCGUCAAUGCCAUUCUGGUGUUUGGAAUCCUCAUGGCCGCCAUGGCUCUGAUGUUCGACCUGGAAGCUUUGGUUCAGUUCUUGUCCAUUGGUACUCUCCUGGCAUACACCUUUGUGGCCGCGAGCGUCAUUGUGCUGCGCUUCCAGCCUGAGAAGACCACCUCUAAGGACACAACUUCCACAUCUCCCAACCCCAAUGCUGCAGCUUCCCCUGCCCCGUUAGAGUCUCAAGCUAUAAGUGAGGACACCGACGAGCCCAAACAAUAUGAGUCUUUAUCUGAUAAAAUUCAGCUGGUGGACAGCCAGGUGACCAGAGAGCGGCGUGGGGUGGGGCAGCUGAAGGCCUGCUGGGAACCAUAUCUGGACAGGCUGGUGGGAGACUGUGAGCCAGGGGAAGUGGUGGCCUUCUGUGUGACGGGGCUCAUAGUGAGCUCAGUGUCCCUCUGUGUUGUCCUGGAAUUUGGAAACAAUGAGCUGCAGCUGCCGGUGUGGAGCUUUGCAAUGUUAUUGGUGAUUUUUAGCUUGGCGCUAAUUCUCAGCCUUGCACUCAUUUGGGUUCACGAGCCACGAAAAAACAGCAAAACAUUUCAGGUUCCUCUGGUUCCUCUGACCCCAGGUGUCAGCAUCCUCAUUAACAUAUUCCUCAUGAUGAAGCUCAGCCUUCUGACCUGGAUUCGUUUCACAGUGUGGAUUGCCAUAGGUCUCUUUGUGUAUUUUGGCUAUGGGAUCUGGCACAGCAAGGAAGGAAAGCGGGAGCUGCAGCCCAAAGAUAUGGCCGCUCGGUACGUGGUGCUACCCAGUGGCAGCCUGGUGGAGACCGUGCAGUCUGUCCAGCCUGACGGCCAAGUGGACACCUCAGGGCACCUCAUCAGCUCCGCCUCCAUCCCUGCAGCUGAGGAGUGCGCUGAAAAAAGAUGAUGUGUGACCAAUGAUAGUCGUAAUCAAAACUGCCUGAUUUCUCUCUCUCACUCAUUCUGUAUUUUGACUGCUGUACUCUCUAGAGCUCACUCCCUUUAGUAUUUGUCUUGUUGCUCGUUAGAAAAUCUACAUCACUGGAUGAGAUACACUGUGUCUUCUUGUGAAACCCAUUUAUAUAUGUUCACAUAUUUAAAUUAGAGAGCUUUCUUACUGCCCUGUAAACUUCAAGCAUCAAAGUUGUGUUAUAUCCUUCACGACCAGCUCCUUCUGUGCAACUUUGCCAGUUUUUGGUUAUGUGUGGUGCUUUAUUUGUUACCAAAAACAGAAAGUCGUUUUUACAUUCACAACAAGCUGCAAGUAAAGAAGAGGAAGACAGCUCAUAAUAUUUAGGAUUUUUAAUUGAAGUAUCUUUUUUUUCAUGUAAGCCCUGGACCGCACAAAGUUCAUUAAGUUUGUAUAUUUGGUUUUCCCAGAUACUCCUCCCCAGCUCCCCGAAGAAAUUAUCUAACCUUUCUACUCAUUUAUAUAAUCCUUGACCAAAGUAUUUAAAACUAUAUUAUUUAACAUAAAUUGUAUUUUUCUAUUUUUGCUGUUCAAACAUUUUUUGUUGAAGUCCUGCAUUGCGCUGUUGUUUUUUUCCUAAAUAGUUUUUGUGUCUGCAUUUCUUCAUUUUUUAAGGUUUUCCUGUCUUUUGCUUAUCAUUAACCCGAUUUUUAAUCCCUUAAUCUCAUCUCAUGACCCUUCUUUUUUGGUACAAUGAUCUUUGGCUCUCUUGUCAGUCUUUCUCACAAAAAUCCUUAAACUACAACCCUCUCAAUUCUUUUUCUUGUUAGCACAAGAUUAGAUAUACAGCACAUAUGUAUUAGAAAUCAUAAAAUAUUUUUUCUGAAACAGAUUAAGAAAAAAUAUAUAUUUAAAAUAGAAUUUAGGCAAGCACAAAGCUUUUGAGUUGUGAUCAUAAGAAAAAGUAUGGAUAGGCAAAGCAGUGAUAAUGACCUUUAACCCAGAAUGGGCAUUGUCAUUUGGGGGCCUCCCUAAUCCCAGGAGAUUUACUGCAGUCCCUGUCACCAGCCUGCCAUUUGACCUGGAUUAGUAAAAGCCACAUGUAAAAAUACUCACAUACUGCGAGAAAAACAUUCCCUUCAUCUACACGUGUGUAGAUUAACAAGUAAAAUGAUGCUAUUUUUUACAUUUUAGAUGGAAAGUAAAUGUCCCCUCAGUUGAUUGUUCUGCAUGCUAGACUAGAAACCAAUGGCCUUAAACUUCUUGUUAUCAUGACUGGUCCUGCUGUCUUCAUUUAUUUGCCUGUUGGAAAACUAACCAGGAAAUCUUGUGUCAUUAUAAAACCAAAUACAAUCUUAACACUGAAGAGAAUGUAUGCCUGGUGGCAAGUUGGCAUAGAAAAACAAAAAGAGUACCCUUGAAGAGAAUUUUUAUAAACCUUUGACAAAAUUGUGCAAUACCUUGAUUUCUCAGUUAUUUAUGCUUUUCUGAUGUCAGGGCCAGUGGCAGUUUUUUAUGCUGUGGUGCUUUUUUAAGCAGAACAUUCUCUCAGCUCUUUACUUCUUUGUGUGCACAGACAUCAUUGAUGAGAUACUUUUCUUACUUCUGACGUGUACUUUAUAUUUGCACAUCAAAAUUUCCAGUCUUUAUGUUACAUGUAUAUAUAAAAUGCAAAAGCCUAAAAAAUAAAUGUUUUGAAGCAGCA